GCUCCACGGUGCAGCAUAUAUUGGCGAGAGAGAGGCAGGCAGGCAGCGCUCCCAACCACUCCCACCACUGUUCCUCUCCUCUCUCGAGCUGGGAGAUGUCAUCCUAAACUCCAAAGCAGCGGAGGGAAGAGGCGGAGGGGAAAGCAACAAGCGAUCAUCCAGAAGACGCCGGGAGCGAGAGGCGGAAAGAUACACGGCGCCUGCGUGCCAUGUCGCCUCUCUGUGACCUGGACUGGUCGUCGGUCACCUGAGAGUAGAGUCCGACGAGGGGGGUAGCUGCCAGUUUGCGCAACCUGCUGCUGAGUGAGUCAAAGGGGGCAAGAAGGAAGCCAGGGAGGGUAAGUGUGUUUUGCGGCCGCCGAGGCCGUGUUGUCUGUUUUCUUCUUCCGAUGGCGGCCGCCUCGUCCGCGCCCUUCUUCGGGCUCGGCGACACCCAGAUGCAGCCACAGGGCCCCUCUCUGCAGCAAAACUCCGCGGCCGCCGCUCCCGGCGCCGCCGCCGCGCCGCCCAAGAAGAAGAGGAACCAGCCCGGCAAUCCAAACCCCGACGCGGAGGUGAUCGCGCUGUCGCCGCGGACGCUGCUGGCGACGAACCGGUUCGUGUGCGAGGUGUGCAACAAGGGGUUCCAGCGCGAGCAGAACCUGCAGCUCCACCGGCGCGGCCACAACCUGCCGUGGAAGCUGAAGCAGAAGAACCCCAAGGAGGCCCGGCGGCGGGUGUACCUGUGCCCGGAGCCGACGUGCGUGCACCACGACCCGUCCCGGGCGCUGGGCGACCUCACCGGGAUCAAGAAGCACUACUGCCGCAAGCACGGCGAGAAGAAGUGGAAGUGCGACAAGUGCAACAAGCGCUACGCCGUGCAGUCGGACUGGAAGGCGCACUCCAAGACCUGCGGCACCCGCGAGUACCGCUGCGACUGCGGCACGCUCUUCUCCAGGAGGGAUAGCUUCAUCACCCACCGUGCUUUCUGCGACGCGCUGGCUCGUGAGAGCGCGCAGAUGCCUCCACUGGGUGCUGGCCUCUACGUCGGCACCGGCAGCAUGAGCCUCGGGCUCUCCGGCGGCGCCGCCCAGAUGCAUGGCUUCGCAGACCAAGCCGGCCAGUCCUCUUCAGCAGCAGCGGCCGCUCAAUUCGACCACAUCAUGCCACCGUCCUCGGGCCCCUCUUUGUUCCGUUCUCAGGCGUCGGCCUCGUCGUCGUCUUUCUUCCUCGGCGGCGGCGCUCCUACUCCCGCCCAGGACUUCUCCAACGACCCCCAGGGUGGACAGGGCUCGUCUCUACUUCACAGCAAGUCGUCCUUCCAAGGCCUGAUGCAACUCCCCGAGCAGCAGCACCAGUCGGGCAGCAGCAACGCCAACGGUAAUAACCUCCUGAACCUCGGCUUCUUCUCUGGCAACGGCGGCGGCGGCUCGGCCGGCGGCCAGGACGCGCGCCUUGUCGUCCAAGACCAAUUCAACGGCAGCGGCGGCGGCGGCGGCAACGCCGAUCACGGCAGCGUGAUGGCGUCCAUGGGAAGCCACCUCAGCUGCAGCAGCUUCCCCUACUCAUCUCCAUCGGCCGGCCUGGCGCAGAACUCGGCGACGGCGCUCCUGAUGAAGGCGGCCCAGAUGGGCUCGACGUCGAGCGCCCAGAACGGCCCCAGCGCGCUCCUCCGAGCCGCCGGCUUCAGCUCCGCCAGCGGCCAGGGGGCUAGCAGGGCCGCAGGAGAAGGGACGUCGUCGCACGAGGCGCACUUUCAUGACCUCAUCAUGAACUCUCUGGCGGGAGGCGGCGGCGGCGGCGGCGGCGGCUUCUCCAGCGGCGCAGGGUUCGGGGCCGUGGACGACGGCAAGCUGAGCACGAGGGACUUCCUCGGCGUCGGCAGGGGCUCGAUGGCGCCGCCCGGGCUCCACAUCGGCGCACUGGACCCGGCCCAGAUGAAGUGAUCGAUGUGAUGAAUAGGAUCAGGGAAUGAACAACAACAACAACAGCAACAAAACAAGGAGAAGAUGCAAGAACCAAGAAGUCAAUGAACAGACGGGCGCGUGCACGUGAAACCGAGCUUUCGCAUGCAUGGGAUUGAAGGUGAGCUAAUGAGGGAUCGGAGAGACAAAGUGAACUUAAUCUAGUUUUAUUUUUCUCAAAUUUCUGUGUUGAUAGAUGAUGGUGCCAUGCAUGACAUGGCUAGGGCUAGCUUCAUGCAACUUAAUUUCGUUGUUCCCGUACAAUUUCGUUGAGUUUUCCAAGUGCUUAAACAGUUAAACUUUUGGCUGGAGUUCAAUGGUGGUCUCCCCUGAUGUCAAGUUCAUCAUGUGGAGGCCGGAGACCGGACCUGAAUCCAAGCAGGAUGUUUUGGACGUU